AUGCCGCAAGAUAGUCCUUCCGCUGAUACGCAGACGGGUCCGACAAAACUAGAGAAUUGCACGGAUAUGAACAUAACCGGUGGAAGCCAUAGCAUGCCCAUAAAUAAGAUCGGGAUCGCAGAGAGAUUGUGGCAGCAAUCGGAUUCCAACUUGACCAAGAAACCCUGUUCCCUCUUGUCCCACCCUUCAGACGAGCUUGCGCUACAACAACCGAACACGAACAUGACCGGCUCCAGCAUCUUAACCCGGCUCUCGGCCCUUGAUACCAAUGCAGUCUCCGAUGCCCUGGACUUUCUUCAGCUUAAAGGAGCCACCUAUGGCCUCCGGCCUCUCUGGGACUGCCCGAAGAUUGUCGGCCGCGCCAAUACAGUGGAAGUCGGCCCCAAGACGGGCACUGCGGCGACCGCCCACCCAUUCGCGCAGGUCAUAGAUACAGUCACCACCGAUCACCGUAUCCUUGUCAUCGCCGGCGGCCUGGACGGCGUCUCCUGCUGGGGGGAUAUCAUCGCCAAUGCCUCAAAAGUAAAGGGCAUUCGCGGGACGAUCAUUGACGGUGUGUGUCGGGAUGUCGAUGGCAGCCGUGACGCCGGGUAUCCUAUUUACGGCCGAGAUGUGACGAUGAUCAGCGGGCGUAAAAGAAUGGUACAGGUCGGGGCUGGCACGGCGGUACGGGUGCGCGGCAUCACUGUCCGCCAGGAUGACUAUGUGAUUGCUGAUAACUGUGGGACGGUGUUCAUCCCAGCGGAGUAUAUUAACACUGUUGUGGACCUGGCCGAGAAGAUCACCCAUCGUGAGAACCUUAUGAUCGAGGACGUGAGAGCCGGGGUGCCCGUCUCGGAUGUCAUGCACGAUGCCAGAUUCCAAGCUAUUGGUGAAGAGAUCACGUCGGCGGCUGCCGCUGCAGGAGUGAAGUCCUUUAUACAAAAUCCUAACAAGGCCAGCCCUGAGGAUCAAGAGCUGGUAGGGCUGUUUGCUGGAUUGGACGCGCCUGCUGUCUCUGACGCGCUUGACAAGCUCGGGAUCCCUGGCCAGGCGUUUGGUGUUAUGCCUUUGGCUAACUAUAAGAAAGCUACUGUUGGACCAGCCUUUACUGUGCGUUAUGUUCCUGCCAGCGACCCGCCCGGGAGUGUUGGUGAUUUUAUUGAUGAUAUUGCUAUUGGUGAUAUCGUGGUGAUCGAUAAUAAUAGUCGUGCGGACUGCACUGUUUGGGGCGAUAUAAUGACCCAGUAUGCUGGAAUACGGGGAAUUACUGGAACAGUUAUAGAUGGUGUUUGCCGUGAUGUGAAUCUUGCUAUUGAGGAUCAGUACCCGAUCUUCAGUACCGGUCACUGGAUGCGGACCGGCAAGGAUCGGGUACAGGUUGGAGGCGUCAAUGAGGUAGUGGGAAUUGGGAGAGUGCGUGUCAAGCCCCGGGAUAUAGUUGUGGCUGAUGCAAACGGGGUUGUCAUAGUUCCUCGUGAUCGAGUGCGUGAAGUGGUGCAAGUUGCACGAAACAUCGAGCACAGCGAAGCCCAAAUCAGGCAUCUGGUAACCGGCGGGGCGACACUCGCGCAGGCUCGAAGGGAGCUUGGUUACCACACGCUCCAGCGGAGAGCAUAG